AGUUUUAGCAACGCUAAGGAAAGGGAGCCAGGGUUCGACCGCGAUCUACCAAAACCUCGUGGGGAUCUACCAGUAGAUUGUGAUCAACCUGUUGGACAUCCCUGCAAUAAAACAUCAAACCCUAAAAGCUUCCCUAAACAGGGCUGCCUUCAGAUGUCUUCUAAAAAUCAGGUAGUUGUUCAUUACCGUGACAUCUGAUGGGAAGGCAUUCCACGGGGCAGGCACCACUACCGAGAAGGCCCUAUGCCUUGUUCUCUGUAACCUCACUUCUUGCAGUGAGGGAACCACCAGAAGACCCUCAGAGGAUGACAGUGUCGGGGUGGGGUGGACAUGCUCCUUCAGGUAUACUGGGCUGAGACCGGUGUUCUAUGGUCUCAGUGGCCACUCCUAGUUACCAGUCUAGCUGCCACAUUCUGGAUUAAAAAGGGUCCAGAUGCAGUCAUCAACAUCUCCAGGUAGAGUUGGAGCAAGCUUCCUGUCUGAAACUAGAGAGCCACUACUAGCUUGCAUUAAGUAACACUGAACUAGAUGGACCAGUAGUCUGACUCAAUAUAUAAAGCAGCUUCUUAAAGCAAGUGAAAUGCAUUAUCUGUAGUUGCAGGAAAAUACUAGGACAGUUUCCACCAGAACCAUGUCAUCGUUCUGAGUUUUCCUACAGCUGGGAUCAUGCCUGGUUUUCCCCUUGUUGUGUGAAUAUGAAACCUGAUGUGUGUCUUGGUCUGGGAAAUAUUAAACCAGAGCUUUCCCAAGUGACACACUUUUUAGACGUGCAUCAUUUCGCGACACAGUAAUUCAGUUUUACUAGCCCCCUUUCCAGCCCUGGGAGAAGUUUGGGCAACACACCUACACACUAGCGUGUCACAGCACACAGUUUGGAAAGCUCUGUGUUAAGCCAACAGUGGGAGCAGGAUCGGUGCACAUUCCACACACAAGCACCCAUGGCCAUCUUGCAAGGAUUGCAAGUUCAAUCUCUAUUGUACUAACUAUUCAGUAAUGUAAGCCACAAAGAUGCAAUUGGCACGUGGUCUUUCGUUCUGAAUUAUUGGGAUUGUGCUCCUGGAUCCAAAAGUGUUCUGCAAAUAUGGCAGUUGUAUGCAUUGUGCUGUUGCCCAUUCUAAUUUUUUUGCUGAUUCAUUUGAGUCCUGUGACCCCCUGUGCUUUUCGCAUGUGAUGCUUCUCCAGGUCUGUCCUUUUUUUCUAAGUGGCUGGGGGAAAAACACUCAUGUUGCUUGGGGGGAAACCAAGGAAUAAAUCUAAGGUGGGAGUGGGCCAACUCAAUGGCCCUUGUGAAACAAAAUUUGCGUCAUUAGCCCACUUUAGUGCCCAGUCUUCCACUUCGUAGCUGAAGGUAUCCGAGCAGCAUCAGCUAUAAAAGCUUAGUUCAAAAGAGUGGGCUGAGCAAGAUCCCUCUACCUGGUCAGAGGGGCUCAGUCUUACUGUGCCCACAAUGGGCCCCUUACUUUUCAGCACUCUGCUUUGCUUUGUUAAUACAGCAUCUGCCGACCUCUUUGAGUACCAGGCAGAAAGCCAGCCUCUUCGCCCAUGUGAGCUUCAAAGGGCAAAGGCCUUUCAAGAAGGCGAAGACUAUGUCCCUCAGUGCUUGGAAGAUGGCCAGUUCAGGAACAUCCAGUGCAAGAAGAAGGAUGCUUCCUGCUGGUGUGUAGAUGGCAAUGGAGCUGAAAUAGCAGGGAGCAAGCAGACCGGAUACUCAGUAGCUUGUUUAUCCUUCUGCCAGCUGCAGAAGCAGCAGAACCUGCUUGGUCGGACCACCAAUGGCAGCACAGCUUCCUACAUCCCGCAAUGUCUGGAUUCCGGUGACUUUGACCCCAUACAAUGUGACCCUGGCCUGGGUCAGUGCUGGUGUGUGGAUGCUGAAGGGAUGGAGGUUUACGGCACGAGGCAGAGAGGGAAGCCCAAGCGAUGCCCUAGGAAAUGUGAGAUCCGAGACCGCCGCAUCCUGCACAACGUCGGAGAAAAGAGCCCGCCCCAGUGUUCAGCUGAUGGAGAAUUCCUGCCUGUCCAGUGCAAGUUUAUCAACACAACGGACAGGAUGGUCUUUGACCUUGUUCACCAUUUUAGCAGAUUCCCAGAAGCGUUCUUGACGUUCAGAUCCUUCAGCCGCAUGUUCCCAGAAGUCUCUGGGUUCUGUUACUGUGCUGACAGUCUAGGGCGAGAGCUGGAGGACACUGGUCUAGAAAUGCUACUUGAGAAUGUUUAUGACACUAUUUUUGCAUCACUUGAGCCUGUGUCCUCUUUCACUGAAACCAGCAUGUACAGGACCCUGCAGAGACGCUUUCUGGGAGUGCAGUUGGCUACAACGGGCAGAUUCAGAUGUCCCUCCAAGUGUGAAACUGAAAGAUCCACCGCCAUUCGUUUCGAACAGAGUUACAGGCCAUCUUGUGAUGAUAAUGGAGCCUAUAAGACAACCCAGUGUCAGCUGGAUGGGCAGUGCUGGUGUGUGGAUGCCAAUGGGCAGGAACUUCUUGGCACAAGAAAGGAAGGACAGCAUUUAUCCUGUGGUGAGGAACUUACCUGUGUCUCCGAGAGACAGCGAGCUCUCUCCAGGUUGUUUUAUGGCCCCAUCGGACGCUUUGGCCAGGACCAUUUAUUCUCCUCCACUCAAGGGCCGCAGCAGAUAGCCGAGUCCUCAAGAUCUUGUCCUCCAUCAUUCAAGGAGCUGUUUGUGGAUUCUGGCCUGCUGUCUUCCAUCAUGAAAAAACCAAGCGAUUCUCAGCUGCUCGCCCUAGAAUCCACCAUCAGUGAAGCUAUCGGAGGGAUGUUUCCUUCGAGAGAUCUUGCUCGCGUCGCCCUCCGCUUCACCAGCAACCCCAAGCGGUUCCAAGAAAACCUUUUCGGUGGGAAGUUCUUGAAGAAUGUGGUCCAGUUCAACUUCACGGGAGCCCUUGGCCCUAAUGGCAAAUUUAAUUUGGACCAGUAUUUCCGGCAGAGAGGGGUGAGCGGUGGAUUCAGUGAGCUGGCUCGACGACUUUCUCAGGAAAUCCCACUGGAGAGGUUCAAUCUGAGCCAGCCUCUUGUAGACAGUUUCGGCCGCACUGUUAAUUUGCAGGACAACCAGAAUGCUGUCAGAACUCUAGCUUCCCUCCUCGAAGCCCCAGAAUUCUUCGUGUUUUUGCAACAUGUGGUUUCGGUCCCCGAGAGCGUCGCCGAAGAUUUGGGUGACGUCGCGAGGAUCGCGCUGAGAUCCAAAGACUGCGCAGAGGAAGGCAACAGUUUGUUUGUCCCGGUUUGCACAGAAGCAGGGAACUACGAAGAAGUGCAGUGCUAUGUGGGUGCUUGCUGGUGUGUGGACUCACGUGGCAAAGAGAUCCCAGGAUCCAGAGUCCGUGGCUCACGCCCAAGGUGUCCCACCCUAUGCGAAAAGCAGAGGGAAGGCCUGCAACGCUUGCAAAGAAUCCAGCCGGCCGGUUCUGAGCUGUUUGUUCCUUCAUGUACCCAGGAGGGGAAAUUCUUGCCAGUUCAGUGCCAUGGAAGAAAUUGUUUCUGCUUUGAUUCUGAAGGCAGGACUAUUCCUGGAAAAGGUGCAACUGCCGAACAGCCCCUGCAGUGUCCAAGUGAUUGCCAACUAGCAGGCGGUCAGGCUUUCCUGAGAACUGUGCAGCAACUUCUGCUGGAACCUUCAUCCCUGCCUAAGCUGUCCAGCGUCUACAUCCCACAGUGCGGUCUCGAUGGUCGGUGGAGGCAGGUCCAAUGCAAUGGCCCCCCGGAACAAACUUUUGAGUGGUAUCAAAGGUGGAUCAGCCAGAAUAAUAAUGGCAGGGCUCUUCCUAUUGGUGACUUGACGGGCAUCCUGCUCAACUAUAAAGAUCGAUCUCGGCAAAGCUUUGAAGACUUUGUUAAAAUUCUUUACAAUGCCAGCCACCAGAAAGUCUUUCCAGAGUUUGCCAAAUUUCCUUCCUUUGACGCAGUUCCUCAAGAAGUUCUGGAAGGCAAGACCACAGGAGGUCCAUCACAGAAUGUCUUGCUGGAGCCGUUCACAUUCUGGCAGCUCCUCCAGGGACACCUCACUCAUUACCCAGGAUCUUUCAGCGAUUUCAGCACCCUGCUAGGACACUUUGACCUCCGCAAUUGCUGGUGCGUUGAUGAAAGGGGGCAAAUGCAAGGAAAGGAAGCCGAUGUGAACAAGAUCCCGGACUGCCCCGCAGAGUGUGAAGCCACCAAGCGAGACGCCAUGCAGUUCGUUAGCAAAGUGGAGCAAAUCAUUAAGGACUCCAACAGCUCCCACUUUCCUUUUGGGCAGAGUUUUUUAGUAGCGGAAGGCAUCACACUGACAGACGAAGAGCUCCUGAGCAAUAUUUCUCCGUCGGCGAGCAUCAUGAUUUCAGAAGGGUUGCUGACAGGAAGCGAUUACGCCAUUCGGCUGGCUGCGCAAUCGACCUUGCGUUUCUAUUGGAGGAGUUCCUACGCAUCCCAGAAUUCCUCAGGAGAGGCCGUGCGCUUGGGAUUUCAGCCUUACAUCCCCCAGUGCGAUGGGCUGGGGAACUGGCUACCUGUCCAGUGUUAUGACAGCUCAGGUCAUUGCUGGUGUGUGGAUGAGAGAGGACGAUAUAUAUCAAAUUCCCUGGUGACGCGCUCAACACAGCUGCCCCAGUGUCAGACGCCAUGUCAACGCUCCCAAGCGAAUGCCUUACUCUCUGGCUGGAGACGGACUGGAUUGACUUUUAACGUUACUUCAGCAGACCUGUUUGCUCCCUCCUGUGCAGAGACUGGUGCCUAUGCUGUGCUACAGAAGUCAGAAACCAGGGCUUGGUGUGUGGAUCCAACCUCCGGCGAAGCCUUUCAGCAGAGUGACAUUGAUGCAAAUGGCAGAGCUCACUGCCCCAGUUACUGCAAUAUGCUGGAGUCCAAGGCUCUCUUGCGAGAAAUGGGUCGAGGUUACAUCCCUCAUUGUGAAAGCAGCAGUGGGGCGUUCUCACCCGUGCAAUGGACCGAGGACCAGGAAAGCUGCUGGUGUGUCUUUGAGAAUGGGGUGGAGGCUCCUGGAACACGAAUCAAUGGAAAGAAGCUUCCAUGCGAACGUCCUCGGUGCCGCCUGCCUUUCGAUGCCCCUUAUGUCACCAACGGUGGCAUUUUCUGCAGUGUCUCCGAUGACGCUCCGACAACUCAGAAAUGCCGAGUGAUUUGCUCUCCAGGUUUCCACAAUGUCAGAGAAGAGAUGCUGCUCUGUGAUAUGGAGACUCGCCUCUGGCUAGGAGAACCAGCCCAUUCCCAGACCUGCCAGAGGCUCCAGCCGUUCCAGAGCGUUCAAACGCAAACCCACUUCCAACUCAUCUUCCCUCCUGAGAAGACCUGUGGUCCAGACUUUUCCAGGUUGCUAGGGGCAUUCCAGAUCUUUAUUCUGGAUGAGAUGAAGGCCCGUGGCUUUUGUCAUAUUCAGGUAAAUGAUUUUGGACACCUGGUGUCUGUUCCUGUCUGCGAUGAUUCUUCUGUGCUGGUACAGUGCCUUGCUGUUGACCGUCUAGGAGUGAACAUCACCUGGAGAGCUUUUCUUGAAGAAGUCCCAGCUGCUUCACUUCCAGAUUUGCACAACAUUGAAAGAGCAAUGGUUGGGGACAAUCUCGCCGGGCGCUUUGAGGCACUGGUCAAGAGUGGCGGCUUUGUCCUCCAAUUGGGCCCUGAGCAAUUCCAAGCAGACACGUCCAUUAGUUUCCCCGGGAACGACAAUCUUGACACAUCUCCUGAAGUCCGCCUGGGAUGCAGAAGUGGCUUCCGAAAGGUUUUCAAUGCUGGAGAAGUUGCCCCAAGUCUCCAAGGAUGUGUGGUCUGUCCUCCAGGCACCUCCUUCCAGAACAAUGGCUGCCUUCCAUGCCCCUCUGGAUUCUAUCAAGACCAAGCCGGAAGUUCUUUCUGCAUCAGAUGUCCUCUCGGGAAAACAACUGUCUCUACUGGAGCCUUCAGAGCCGAGCACUGUGUCACUGACUGCCAAAGGGAUGAACUCGUUGUGCGGUGUGAUGAAAACGGCCAAUACAGGCCUUCCUUUGAAGACCCUGCUACCAACAAAUCUUUCUGCGUGGAUAGCCUUGGAAACAUAUUGGACUGGACCGAAACAGAUGGCCCAGCUACAGACUCCCAGUGUUCAGUCUUCAGGCGCUUUGAGAGAGUUCCUGCUUCCAAGCUCUCCUUCGUGACAGAAGGGGUAGAAACGGUUGGAUCUAAGACCAUCCCAGGAGAAUCUGAGAGUGUGCUCCAACAGUGCAUGGCAGAGUGCGAGAAGGACGAGUCGUGUGGGUUCCUCACCUUGUCUGCUGCUGGGACGGGGACACUGUGUGAGCUGUACAGUGCUCGGGAGAACAACUACAAUUGCUCCACCUCUGGACUGGUUCAGGGUGUUUGGGGUAAUGCUGCCACCACUAGUGUGGCUCAUCUCAGCUGCCUGGUUAAAGUGAGAAGCCAAGAUAAGGAUGGAUUGAGAGUGUAUCUGAAGAAAGGACAAGAGUUCACAACAGCUGGAAUCAAGACUUUUGAGAGGACUGAUUUCCAGGAUGUUGUUUCUGGCGUGUACAGCAAUCUGGUCCUCCCAGCAGCUGGUACAUCUUUGACCGAUGUUCAUCUCUUCUGCCGCCAGGCCUGCAGCCAAGAUGCUUGCUGUGAUGGCUUUAUCUUGAGCCAGAUCAUACUUGAUGGAGGUAGCAUCAUAUGUGGCCUGAUGAGCUACCCAGACACAUUAAUCUGCAACGUUAAUAGCUGGGAUGCAAGCUUGACACGUGAACAAGGUGAUGCCUGCCAAAAAGUAAAGUACAACGAUGGGAAGACGCAGUAUGCAUUCAGUUUCGGAGGCCAAGUUCUCACAGGGUCUUCUGAGCCAACAGAAAAAGUCGCCAGUUCCUUCUCCAGCUUUCAGCGUGUUUAUCUAUGGAGAGAUUCCGACAUGAUGACCCGAGUGAGGUCUGGCUCUUGUGACAGUGCCGUUGCUCCGAAUGAGCCACAGCUUUCAGCUUCUACAAAGGAACUCUUUUCUCUGGUGGAAAGCAGCCGAAUCCUGAUCGACCACAAUCGUUCCCUACCGUCCCAAGAGUACUGGCUCUUCAAGCCCAGAUAUUCAGUGGAGCAGGCUCUUCUCAGGUGUCUUGCACGUUGUGUAGAAGAUGAGUUCUGCCAGCUGGCGGACAUGCGCAACGACACAACUGGAACACACUUCCCCUGCAUCCUCUAUCCAGCAGCCCAAUUUUGUGACAAUUUCAUUAACAACAUCCCUGAGAACUGCAACAUCGUGUUGCCUCGGACGCCACACCUUUUGUAUCAGAAGACAGUCUCUCUCGAAGGCGCCAUAAAGAACUUUUACACCCGCCUACCAUUCCGUAGAGUAUCAGGGAUCUCUGUGAGCAACAAGAUGGAUGUGUCUGGAAAAACUGCAUCGAACGGGUUUUUUGACUGUGAGCAUCUCUGCGACGCUGAUCCUUGUUGCUUGGGCUUUGGACUUUUAAAUGCUUCCCAAGGAACAGGUGGAAAGGCCUUGUGCUUGGUUCUGAACAGUUUGGGAAUCCAAACAUGCAGUGAAGAACUAAGAAGCGACUGGCAGCUUUCAGACUGCACAUCUGCAGAAACAGAAACCAGGGUCCAUCCCUUUGGUUGGUAUCAAAGAACAGCUAAAGUCCCCACCGUCUGUCCACCUGUUCCUGUUGUUCUACCCAGAAGGCAAGAAAAUGUGAUUUUGGACAACUGGCAACGUGUGGACAGGGCCUCAGUUCUCAUCGAUCCCUCCAUUUCAAAAAUUGACAUUCUGCACAUCAGCAGAGAUGGUUCCAGUGAUUUUGCCACUUUCCGAGACUUUUGCCUUUCAGCCUGCUCCAAGGACAAGUCAUGCUUGGUGACUACUCUUGAACUACAGCCUUCAGUGAUGCGGUGCAUAUUUUACCCAGAAACACAGACUUGCACACUUGGCCUUGAAGGCCCCCACUGUCGACUUUUGCUGAAGGAGCCAGCUACCUAUAUUUAUCGCAGGCAAGAGGCAUUCCUGUCCGUUGCUGAAAGAAGUGCUGCUCCCUCUGUCCACAUCCCGUCGCAAGGAACCUUGUUUGGCACUUCUCAAGCAGUACGUAUGGGUUCCAGCUGGAAAAGGAUACGACAGUUCCUUGGGAUUCCCUAUGCGCGUCCUCCAGUGGCUGAGAACCGGUUCCGCCCUCCACAAGCUUUCAUCCAGGAGGAGUCCUGGAACGCUUCCACAAUUCGGGCGAGUUGCUGGCAACCAGGGGAUGAUGGAGCUGCUCUUUCUUCCGUCAGCGAAGACUGCUUGUAUUUGAACAUUUAUGUCCCACCUAAUACUGGUGGAAAUCUACCAGUGCUGGUGUUCUUUCACAAUGGUGUAAGUGGUGAGGAUGUCAAGGCUCAGAGGACACUCAUCGAUGGCUCAUACCUAGCUGGAACUGGCAACGUCAUCGUUGUAACUGCGAACUACCGAGUUGGAGUCUUUGGCUUUCUAAGCACUGGUUCCACGGUGGCAAGUGGAAACUGGGGGCUUUUGGACCAGGAGGCAGCUCUAAAAUGGACCCAGAAAAACAUUGCAAGGUUUGGAGGAGACCCUGGUCAGAUUACAAUUGCAGCUGAUCGCAGCGGAGCAGAUGUUGCCAGCAUUCACCUGGUUACAGGGGCUGUGGAUUCUGGGCUCUUCAAGAGGGUGUUGCUGAUGGGAGGUUCUGCCUUUUCUCCUGCGUCAACCAUCACUCAGGAGAAAGCACGGGCACAAUCUUCCAUUUUGGCUCAUGAACUGGAAUGCCCUUCCGCCAGCAGCGAAGAAACUGUAUCCUGCCUCCGCCAGUUGCCUGCCAAAGUCCUCAACGAUGCACAAACCAAGCUCCUGGCUAUAAGUGGACCAUUCCAGUACUGGAGCCCAGUCGUUGAUGGAGUCUACCUCCAGGAGCCUCUUGCAGCAGCUCUGCAACGUUCUCGACCUUCGGAGGUGGACCUGCUGAUUGGAAGUGCUCAACAAGAUGGGCUGAUCAGCAGAGCAAAGGCAAUCAAGCGAUUCGAAGUGAGCCAAGGCCGUGUCAACAGCAAGGUCGCCUUUUAUAAGGCUCUCCAAAACUCCCUGGGCGGAGAUGACGCCAACCCUGCUGUGCUGGAUGCAGCCACCUGGUUUUAUUCCCUGACGCACUCCUCCACCGAGUACGCCUCCUUCUCCAGGGCUUUGGAAAACGCCACUCGGGACCAGUUCAUCAUUUGCCCCACAAUAGGCAUGGCUCGCCACUGGGCUGGCAAUGGCAGAGGCAAAGUCUUCAUGUACCACGUUCCAGACACCUCCCUGAGCAGCUCAAGCCUGGAGUUAUUGCCUGAUGUCCAGUAUGCCUUUGGGCUGCCUUUCCAUCCCCAGUACGAAAACCAGUAUACUCCGGAAGCGAAGACCCUCUCCUUAACGGUCAUGCAGUUCCUAGCCAACUUCAUAAGAUCUGGAAACCCAAAUGGCCCUUAUACGUUCUCCAGAAAAAUGACGGGGGUUGCAUCCUCUUGGCCUAUGUUUCGAGCAGAUGCUGAUGGAGACAACUAUAAGGAAUUUACCGCUUCCUUUGCGAACCACAAAGGGCUGAAGAAGGCCGAAUGUUCAUUCUGGUCCGAUUACAUCAAAACCCUCAAAAUUUCCUUGAGCUGCAGACGAGAGCCGCCCAGCACAAGCAAGCCUAGCAGGGAAUUUCUUUCCAAAACCACCCAGAAGCCACUUGGGGACAAGGUGGCCUACAAGAAAUAGAACUGAACACUUUUAUUGAUUUUGGAUCGGCUGGAUGAAAUCAAAUUACUACAGAUCUGCGGGGCGUUGGAAAUCAUCUCGCUAAAUCACAAAAGCGUGUCUGCGAAAGAUUGCUGGAAUUUCAAGUAGGGUUGCCAUCGACACAAGAUGGGCAGGCUCCAAAAAUACACAGGCACUGCACCAUCCAAUGAAUCACAUGUGCUGGAUAUCAGUGCAUCAAAUUGAAAUCGUAGCACUUAA